GAGAUUUUCAAUCAAGGUUUGAUUGAAAUAGAGAAUAUGGUGGUCUGUCUAUCUGAAAAAUAUUUACAUGAAUUCGGUUAGGCUUCACCUAUCAGGGAUAAUCAAAAUUCUAAUGAUCCUUAUAACUCUCUUUUCAGGCAUCCUUAUGACAUACACGAAUCACAUAAUUUUUGUGGCAGUUAAAUCUACCAAAAUUGGUCAAUGAUCAGAGAUACACAUUCAAUGUUAUUAUGGAUAGUGUGAUCAAUAAUUGAGGCAAAGUAUUUUUUGUGGAUGCUCCCGGUGGAACUGGGAAAACCUUUUUGAUUAAUUUACUGUUGGCUAAAGUGAGAUUGGCAGGAGGUACAGCACUGGCUGUAGCAUCCUCAUGAAUCACAGCAACGCUUCUCAAUGGAGGCAGGACUGCUCACUUGACUUUCAAAUUACCAUUGAAUGUAUUUUUGAUGGAGAAUCCAUUUGUCUGAUCUGUAAAAAUGGCCCACUUUUGAAAAAUUCUCUGAGAAAUAUUAUUUAUAAUCUGGGAUGAGUGUACGGUGAGUCAUAGGGCUCAUAUUGAAGCUGUUGAUCGAUUUUUACAAGAUCUUAGAUCGAAUAAUAGACUGAUGGAUGGUAUAACCUUUGUUUUUGCUGGAGAUUUUCUGCAGACUUUACCUGUGAUUUCAAAAGGUACAACAGCUGAUACAAUAAAAGCAUGCUUAAAGUAUUUACGUAUUUGGAAUAGUAUUGAAAAACUCAAUUUGUGUAUGAACAUGAGAGCUCAUCUUGUAGGAGGAGAUCCCCCAUUUCUGAAACAGUUACUGAAAAUUGGUGACGGAACAGUAGACAACGAAAAUGACUACAUCACUGUCAGUCAAAACAUAGGUAAGAUAGUGAGUACAGUCAAUGAUUUGAUUUCUGAAAUUUAUCCUGAUAUUUCAGAUUUAUUGAAUAAACCAUAUCUUUGGUUGUGUGAAAGAGCCAUAAUUUCACCUAGAAAUAUAAUGGCAGAAGAAAUAAAUAACAUUAUUCUUGAAAAAGUCAAUGGUAACAACCGAGAUUAUCUAUUGAUUGAUACAGUUUUAAGCACUGAUGAUGCAGUCCAUUAUCCACAAGAGUUUCUUAAUGUUCUCAGCCCAUCUGGAUUCUCACCACAUAAAUUAAAAUUAAAAAUUGGUUCUCCAAUUAUGUUGUUAUGUAAUGUUCAUUUUCCCAAUCCCUGUAAUGGUAUCAAGUUACAAAUUACAGUUAUGUGCGACAAUAUCAUUGAAGCUAUAAUUUUCACUGGACCAGCGACUGGGGAAAUUGGGGCAUUUAUUUCUAGAAUCCCAAUGGUUCCUACUGAUCUACCAUUUAAAUUUAAAUGCUUACAAUUUCCAAUUAAAGUUUCUUUUGCUAUUACAAUUAACAAAUUGCAAGGCCAAACAUUCCAAUGUGUUGGAGUGGAUCUUUGUAUGGAGAGUUUCUCCCAUGGCCAAUUGUAUGUAGAGCUUUCCAGAACUGGAAAUCAUAACAAUCAAAUAAUUUUGAUAUGAACAGGUGACAAAAUUCAAAAUAUAACUUAUUCAGAUAUUUUAUGAUUUUAUUUUUUUUAUAUUUUGCAAAACUCUACUGCAAUACUAGACAUUGAUCACCCAAAAAUAAUUAAUGAACAAUUAGUUCAAAUUUUUGA